AUGAACAUUCUCUUCCUCCUUUUUGCUCUUGGUGUUUUCGCAUCCGAGUUGGUGCGGAUAAACGAUAAAAACUUCAAAGAAGUGGCCGUGGAAUCCGGAAAAUGGACUUUGGUGGAUUUUUACGCAGACUGGUGCAGACAUUGUUCUAACCUUAUGCCAACUAUUGAGCAGCUUGCUGAAGUGUACAAAGACGAGCCUGAUAUUCAGAUUGUCAAAUUGAAUGGUGAUGAGGAUGGUAAGAAAACUACCCGGAAGUAUAACGUGCCCGGUUUCCCAACUUUGUUAAUGUUCCACGGAUCUGAUGAUCCUAUCGAGUAUGAGGGAAUGAGAGAUUUGGAUGCUAUCAGCAACUUCGUCCAGAGUGUGUCUGGAAUCAGACUUGGCGCGAAGCCGGCUCCGGAGGUUGUUGAGCCCACCAAUAUUCUCUCUUUGAAUGAUGAUAAUUUUCAAGAUACUGUACUUCGGGCCAACCACAAGACAGUCGUUGCGGUCACGGCCCCAUGGUGCCGGUUCUGCAAAGAGCUUGAGCCUAUUUUUAACAAGCUUGCGAAUGAAAUUUACAUCCAUGACGGAGAAGUUGUUCAAUUUGGGAAAGUGGACUUAAGUGAUGAGAAUAAACAAAAGUGUGAAAUGAUCACCAAGCAAUUUGGCGUUGAAAAAUUGCCCACUAUCUUUUUGUUUGAUCCACUGAGGGUCGACAAGGAUGGAUUGAGGAGACCUGUUAUCUUUAACGACGACCGUGACUUGGAAUCGUUGAUUGCGUUCGUAAAUGACGAGACUGGAUUGUGCAGAAACGAAGAAGGUAGAUUGCACUCAAACGCCGGAAGAAUCAUGGCGAUUGACCAAGCACUUAAAACAAAAAGUCCGGAAGCUAUCUUAGAGGAGCUUGAGACUUUGGAAGAAGAAGUGAAGAUAUAUGGUAGGGACGCUUUGGUGAAUGAUGACGUUCUCUUUUUCAAAGACGACGUUUCCAUGAUCCCUUAUUACAAAAAGCUCUUGAAGAAGAUCCAAGAAGGCGACAGAGAGUUUUUCUCUCGAGAAUUCGCCAGACUUGAACGGUUGCUCGCUACAGAAGAGAAAAACAUAGAAAAAGGUGCUUACGAUCACAUGCAAAAGCGGGCCAGCGUGUUGCAGAGCUUCCUUUCAGCAAAAGCAUAG